UUUAUCAAAUACACUUGAAGAAGAAUCUGUACAAGUUACACGUACAAAUGUUACAAGCGCAAUGAGAUGGAUUCACUUUCCUUUCGAAACGUAGUAGUGAUUUUUGUGAUAUGCCACAGGGUUGUUUUUGGUGAUUCGAACGGUGGAGCGAAUGGAUUUGCACCUGCACAGAUACGUCCAAAACCCAUCUGGAACGCUACUUACACAGACUCUUUAAAGCAAGACCUUUUAUUAAAUUACGAUAAAUUUGCAAGACCCACUCAGCAUUACAAUGUUACAACUGUUAACAUCGGCCUUUCGAUACUUCACGUUGAAAUUAACGAAUUCAAAUCAACGGUUAGUGUUAAUUCCUGGGUCAGGCUGUCAUGGACCGAUGACAAAUUGAAAUGGAACGCCAGCCACUAUGGUGGAUUAAGCGAUGUGAACUUCGCCGACCACGAAAUUUGGCAACCCGAUGUCAUGCUGUACAAUAGUGCAAGUGGCAGUGCUGUUAGUCAUCUAGGUGGAACGCAUUGCGUUGUUAAAUCCUCAGGAGAAAUCGUAUGGGUGCCACCCACCCAAUUAGUAGCACUAUGUGACUUGAACCUAAGAUAUUGGCCUUUUGACACUCAAAUCUGCUACCUCAAGUUUGGUUCGUGGACUUACGAUGGAUCCGAAAUCGACAUCAAAAUUGCCGACGGUGCAAUUGACUUAAGCUACGUCAUUGCCAACGGAGAAUGGGACAUAACGGACAGUAACGUCACUAGGAGCGUCAAAUACUACAGCUGCUGCGAUGAGCCCUACGUUGAUGUCGAGUUCAAACUAACCCUAACGCGAAGAUCCCCAGCAUACAAGGCGAUAAUAAUCGCACCCGCAGUCGUAAUCAUCAUGCUCACACUAAUGGGCUUUUGGUUACCGCCACAAGCCGGCGAAAAGGUACUGUUGAACGGAUGCACCUCCAUCAUCAUAAGCAUUUUCAUGGUCUACUUCACCCAGAAAAUUCCAGCGAUGGGCUCCCACACGCCACUCAUAGUACUCUUUUACAGUAGCAGUCUGUACGUCGUUUGUUUUUCGAUGCUGAUUUCGGUCGCGGUGAUCUGGCUGUCGAGAACACAGCACACCCGUUUGUUACCAUGGGUGAUUAAGAAACCGCUCACUGGAACGUUAGGGCGGGUGUUAGGUUUACAGCACUACGUUAAAGAGUUCCAGAAUCCCUUGCACUCGCAAAGGGUAACCACGGAAGAAAUGCGUGAUCAUCAAGUGACCGACUUUGAAGAGCACCAAACCAGAGAUGACCAUCAAAUUAUAGGCACUGGCCGAAAGGUACCACUGCAACACGACUGGAUAUUAUUCGCGGCUGCUAUCGAUAGAAUAUCGUUUAUAUUUUACGCAUGCCUGUUUGGAAUACUAGCCGCUGUUUACUCAGUUUAGAAAUGUUAUAGUUUAGAUUUUUUACUUUAUUUUAGCUCUUUGGGCGCUUCCUUUAAUUUUAAUAUACCUGUUAUAAACAUG